UGUAUAAUGAAAACCUACACAAAAUGUUUUGCUGCUGGAAUAUUUUCUGCUUGUUUAUACCUAUCGUUGGCUUGCAGAGGGAGACUAUUACGAAGUGGAGGUCUGACGUGCCAGGACAAGAGGCUGAUCGUUGACACACAUAACCAGAUGAGGAGCAUGGUCGCUUCUGGUCGGAUCGCAGGACAACCAGCCGCAGCAAACAUGUUGGAAAUGGUGUGGGAUGAAGAACUGGCUCGCAAGGCACAGCAGUGGGCAGAUCAGUGUAUAAAUGGACAUGAUUCUGGUUCAGCUCGCAGAGUCUCUAGGUUCGCAGUGGGUCAAAAUAUAGCCUCCAGCUGGACAUCUCCUUACCCCAACCGUCUGGGAGAGUAUCCUGAUUUUGCCUCUCAGAUAAAAGCCUGGUUCAAUGAGGUCUACCAGUACCGUGGUGGAUAUAGUCAUAGCACUGGACACUACUCUCAGAUCGUCUGGGGUGACACUCAUUCAGUAGGAUGUGGAUAUUCCUACUCCCAUGAUGGUUCGAGAUACACAAAACUGUAUGUGUGCAACUAUGGCCCUGGUGGGAACGUUCUGGGUUAUGACGCUUAUAGACGAGGCUACCCAUCUUGUGCUCAAUAUGGUAUGUCUCCUUCAAGAAGAUUUCCAAGCCUGUGUGAGGCAAGGGGAGUGUAUGACCAAUCAUGCUAUUAUGGAUGAAGAAUAGAAAUGUGUUUAACCACUUCAUUAGAAGACUUCAGGACAAAAAAUGUUCAUUUUUAGAACAUUUAAGUACUCACUGAAAUCUAAAAAUAGUACUGGUGCUCAUUUCCUUACAAAAACCCCUUUAACAGUAAAGAAUGUUGCACUUAUUCUAUUGCUGAAGAUUCUUUCUUGUCAAGGAUUAACUUGUGUUUUAAGAGUUAAUUUCUGUAACCUCUUCUUCGAUAAAUGUUAUCAAAUUUGACCAAAAUUCCUAAACUGAGUAUAAAAAAAUAGUACAUUUUAGAAGUUGUGAUAAAAAUAUGAAAUUUUUAUUGAAGAAUCAGGUUUGCUAUCAAGAUAGGACCCAAACCAGUAAACUUGUGUUCGAUUAGUUUUUCCACUGGAUUUUUUACUACUUUUUAUUUGGUUUUUUUUGCACGCAAGUCUAAUUUUAAUAUAUUUGUAUAAAACAACAGUACAUUGCUAUGUUUCCUAUAAACAUACGCUUAAUAACACCUUCUGUAUGUUUCAAUAGUGCUCAGUUAAAAAUCCACCUUGGGUUGCUAUACAGUCAAAGCUCAACCUAUUAUUCCAAUUAACACUACAAUUCAACUACAUGUUACUACUGUUUAUUAUUAUGUAAAACCAUUACUAUGUCUUAUUAAAUACUAAACAAGCUUUGAAUCUGUAUCAUUAAUAUUAUUGACACACAACUAGAUCAAUGUAUUUGUUUGUACAGAUCUUAGUCAUAUAUUCAUUGUAUGUCAUAAUACCUCCUCUAUUCCUCUCUUUUCAACCUCCUUUACUUUGGCGCAGGUUGUAAAUACGUUAAUAAAAAUAGACCUUCCAAUAUAAUACUUCAGUUAGACGGCAGAGUUAUCAACUACUUUAUUCUUCAAUCUUUUAAUAUGGUCAUGCAAUAUUUAUUUUGCUAUCAAUAAUAAAUGUAUGUUUGUAUAUAAAUAUUGUGAGUGAAUGUAUUCUUGUGAAUGAGUGAUAUAUUAAUAUUACUAUAAGAAACUGUGAUAAGAUUUUUAAUGAAUAAAACUGUAACAAACGA